GUCGCAGUAAUUAGAAGACGACCAUGGUGACUGAGUGAGUUAGGUGCUGGAAUACUAGCAUGGAGGCCACAGGUUACCUCUUGGGGUUGACCGAGAAAGCUCAUCUUGAUUUUUCAGAGUGGUUUCCCCUGAGAUCCAAUGUACACGUUGGCGUACACAUAAAAGUUCUCUUGGCAGUUUGAAUUCGCUAUGAGAGUAGGCCAUAGUGUCGCUGCCCGGACAAACAUUUUCUCUUAGCACACUGCAUUAGACCAGUCGGAGCUGAACAGUAGGACGUUGUCUUUAAACCCCAUUUCAUUUCAGGAAACUGUUUUGAUGGUAGAUCCAUGUAAGAUGUUGGCUGUUGUGAUCCUUGCUCUUUGUUUACCAUCUGUGGCAGUUCAGGAUGCGUGUUCAAUCGGAUUAUGCAAGUGCGCACAUCGUGUUGCUCGCUGUUCUAAUACAAACCUUACCUACAUUCCAAAAUUUCCCGAUAACACCAUAGCAGUCUACUUUAAAUAUAAUUAUUUACCCCGUGUUACUCCAACUACAGUUUUAAACAUUAGCAACACAAGAAUAUCAACCGUAAAUCUACACCAUAAUGAAAUUGAGAAUAUUGACGAAUUUGUGUUUCAAAAUUUAUCGCAUGUUUACUUAUUGGAUUUAACAGAUAAUCUACUCACUUCAGAUUCGUUACGGAAUUUAUUCUCUAGUUUUCAGAGAAAUAGCAAUCUAUCCAAGAUAAGUCUCAGAGGAAAUCGCUUAGAAUAUAUUCCACAUAAUGUUUUCGUUGACUUUAAAUCCGCGGAAAAUAUAACCUUGAAUUUAUCUCAGAAUAGAAUCAAGCUACUUAAUAUGACAGUGUUUAACGAAAUAGAAAAAUUGCAAAUAUUGGACGUUUCGAAUAACAAAAUAUCCACCGUCAUACCGGGUGUUAGCCACCAUCUGCAACACCUCUCUAUUUCUAAUAAUAGUUUGACUGUUUUACCAAACUUUUGUCUUCGUCGAAACUCCUUUCCAGAGUUAACAACAUUGCAACUACAAAGCAACAAGAUUGGUAAUUUUGUUCCGAAAUAUUUUAAUUGUUUGGAAAAGUUAAAACACCUCUCUAUUUCUAAUAACAGUUUGGCUGCUUUGCCAAACUUUUGUUAUCGUCGGAACCUCUUUCCAGAGAUAAUGAAAUUGCAACUACAACGCAACAUAAUUGGUACUUUCGUUCCAGAACAUCUAAACUGCUUGGAAAAGCUUCAAAUCUUGGAUGUGAGUUCAAACUACAUUGACUCAUUAAAAACUGAUUAUUUUCAUUCUUUCAAGUCUCUUAGCUCGUUGUCUAUCUCAGAACAGGGUAGAACAUUUUAUAUAGAGGAACGUGCGUUCAACAACAGCAAACUGCUAAGUCUAGACCUAUCAAAGAACACAUUGACUACUAACCGCCUGCAUGAACAUGCAUUUUGUGGAUUGGAUCGGUUACUAAAACUAGAUCUGUCUAAAAGUAAUUUCUUUAAAAUGGAGGAAAAACUAAAUAAAACGCUAGCCCCUCUGACAUCUCUUGAAGUAUUGAUGCUGUUGGAUUGUAAUUUACAGAACCUACCUACUGUCACCAGACAUUAUCAUAAUCUUACUUAUUUAGAUGUUGGCUGGAAUCUGAUUAAAUCCUGGCCAACUGAGUUCUUUGAAAGGAACAUUAAAUUGACAGAAUUAAAUGCAGCCCAUAAUUUAAUUCAGACUGUUACAAGUAAAAUGCUGCCUGAAGUGUUUAUGACAAGAUUGAAAAAAAUAUCUUUAAAUGAUAAUCCGCUCGUAUGUAAGUGUGAAUUGGUUUGGUUGAUUCAGUGGAUUCAUAAGGAACCAUCCAAGUUUUGGGAUUAUCCGGACGGCUAUAGAUGUCUGAAUAUAACGGAGAGAAUUUCUGUUAUCAACAAAUAUAUCUGGCAUAUUAAAUAUCAUAUUUAUAUGUGGAGAUACAGACCGAAACAGCUGCUGGAUAUUGCAGAGAAACACUUUGCUCAUGACGCCUUUGUUGCUUACUGUAUAGAAGAUGGAGACUGGGUUUUACAUGAUCUUCUACCUAUCGUGGAAGAAGGUGAAAACAUUAAGUUGUGUAUCCACGAAAGAGAUUUUCUUGGUGGACAACUGAUCAUUGAUAAUAUUGUACAACACAUGGAAGACAGUCGGAAAGUUCUUGUUAUUUUGUCCAAUGAUUUUGCUAGAAGUAAAUGGUGUCAAUUUGAAAUGAGUUUAGCUCAGAAAUUGGUUAUAGAUACGAGUAUAGAGUCUAUAGUAGUAGUAUUACUAGAGGAUAUUGAAGCAGUUAAUAUGAGUAAACCACUGAACGCUCUAUUGAAAACUACUACUUAUAUCAAAUGGCAAGAUAAUGACAACAAAGAUAUAUUUUGGCAAAUGUUAAAAACAUCGCUGAAACGUCAAUAUGAAUUAUAAUAAGAUUAAAGGACAUUGAUCUGUUUACCGCAGUCGUUUCAUGGUCGGUAGUUCAAACGCUACAAGAACCCCACUCAACCCAAUCUGAGACUGUAUCCAUUCCUCAUGUUGGAAUGUGAAAUGGCAUAUCACUUGUUAACUGAUUUUAUACACUAAGAAUGUCUUCGGUUUGAUAUUAUUACUAGAAGUUUAAGUUCGACCAAUCAAAAUCAUGAAUAUUUACCAAAACCUGGCAGAAGAUGUUAAUUCAAACCCUCUUCGCCCAGUCUAGACCAAACACUCAACAAAAAUGGGCAUACAAAAGGAGAGAAAAGAGACAGAGAGAGAAUUGCUAUAAAUAGA